AUGGCCUUCGCAAAUCUGCGCAAAGUGCUCAUCAGUGACAGCCUGGACCCCUGCUGCCGGAAGAUCCUGCAAGAUGGAGGGCUGCAGGUGGUGGAAAAGCAGAAUUUGAGCAAAGAGGAGCUGAUAGCCGAGCUACAGGACUGCGAGGGCCUUAUUGUCCGCUCGGCCACCAAGGUCACCGCUGAUGUCAUCAAUGCAGCAGAGAAGCUCCUGGUGGUGGGCAGGGCCGGCACCGGUGUGGAUAAUGUGGAUCUUGAGGCUGCCACAAGGAAAGGCAUCCUGGUCAUGAACACCCCCAAUGGAAACAGCCUCAGUGCCGCGGAGCUCACCUGUGGGAUGAUCAUGUGCCUGGCCAGGCAGAUUCCUCAGGCGACCGCUUCCAUGAAGGCUGGCAAAUGGGAUCGAAAGAAGUUCAUGGGAACAGAGCUGAAUGGAAAAACCCUGGGGAUUCUCGGCCUGGGUAGGAUUGGAAGAGAGGUGGCCAUCCGGAUGCAGUCCUUCGGGAUGAAGACCAUAGGGUACGACCCUGUCAUUUCUCCAGAAGUCUCAGCUUCCUUUGGGGUCCAGCAGCUGCCUCUGGAGGAGAUCUGGCCUCUCUGUGAUUUCAUCACUGUACACACUCCUCUGCUGCCUUCCACAACAGGUUUACUGAAUGACAGCACCUUUGCCCAGUGCAAGAAGGGCGUGCGUGUGGUGAACUGUGCCCGAGGAGGGAUUGUGGAUGAAGGGGCCCUGCUGCGGGCCCUGCAGUCGGGUCAGUGUGCUGGAGCCGCGCUGGAUGUGUUCACAGAAGAGCCGCCCCGAGAUCGAGCCUUGGUGGACCAUGAGAAUGUCAUCAGCUGUCCCCACCUGGGUGCCAGCACCAAGGAAGCCCAGAGCCGCUGUGGAGAGGAAAUAGCCAUCCAGUUCGUGGACAUGGUGAAGGGGAAAUCCUUAUCAGGGAUUGUGAAUGCCCAGGCCCUUACUAGUGCCUUCUCUCCACACACCAAGCCUUGGAUUGGUCUGGCAGAAGCUCUGGGGACACUGAUGCAGGCCUGGGCUGGCUCCCCCAAAGGAACCGUCCAGGUGCUAACACAGGGAACAUCUUUGAAGAACGCUGGGAACUGCCUAAGCCCCGCCGUCAUUGUCGGCCUCCUGAAGGAAGCUUCCAAGCAGACAGAUGUGAACUUGGUGAACGCCAAGCUGCUGGUGAAAGAGGCUGGCCUCAAUGUCACCACCUCCCACAGCCCUGCCGCCCCUGGGGAGCGGGACCAUGAGGAAUGCCUGCUGACUGUGGCCCUGGCAGGUGCCCCCUACCAGGCUGUGGGCUCAGUCCAGGGCACCAUGCCUAUGCUGCAGGCGCUCAGCGGAGCAGUCUUCAGGCCAGAAGUGCCUCUCCAGCGGGGCCUGCCCCUGCUCAUCUUCCGAGCUCAGCACUCCAGCCCCGCAGUGCUGCCUACCACGAUUGGUCUCCUGGCAGAGGCAGGCGUGCAGCUCCUGUCCUACCAGACUUCAAUGGUGUCCAAUGGGGAGACUUGGCACGUCAUGGGCAUCUCCUCCCUCCUGCCCAGUCUGGAAAUGUGGAAGAAGCAGGUGUCUGAGGCCUUCCAGUUCUACUUCUAACCUUGGGGCUCACUGUCUGCGCCUUGGGGCUUCUGUGAAGAAAUCUAACCACCCUGAGCAAUAGCGAGAGGCGAUCAACAUUCCUGGGGCUGACUAGGGCCUUUGACGCUGCUCUGCUGCAAUCCUCUGACCCUGCAGUACAGCAGGAACCAUCCAAUAAAGACAGUGCUCCCA